AUGUCCGGUUCACCGAUCUCCCAGGGCAACUUUGUCCACAACAACACCACCGCCCCCGCCAACAACAGCGUGCUGGGGCUUUUCAGUCUCAAGGGCAAAACUGCGAUCGUCACGGGUGCCGGUGCUGGUAUUGGCCUCUCAGUCGCACACGCCUUUGCAGAGGCCGGAGCAAACGUUGCUAUCUGGUAUAACUCUAAUAAACAGGCGAUCGAGAAGGCAACUGAAAUCCAGAACAAGUAUGGCGUUACCUGCAAGGCCUACCAGGUUGAUAUUAAGAGCCCCCAGGCGGUUGAGGACGCCGUUAAUCUGGCCGUUAAAGAAUUGAAUGGCCGUCUGGAUAUUCUGGUGGCCAACUCCGGUAUCCCCUGGACCCAAGGCCCCAUGGUUGAUGCCGAGUUAGACCACUACAGAAAUGUCGUCCAGACUGACCUUGACGGCACCUUUUACUGCGCCAGGGCUGCCGCUGCGCACUGGAGGAGGCAGAAGGAGGAGGGAACAGAUAUUAAUGGCAACAAACUGCAGGGGUUUACAUAUGGAAGCUUCGUCGCCACGGCUUCGAUGAGUGGCCACAUUGUCAACUUCCCUCAGCUCCAAGCUGCAUACAACGCAGCCAAGGCGGGAGUUAUCCAUCUCUGCAAAUCUCUGGCAGUCGAAUGGGUCCGCUACGCCCGUGCCAACUCGGUUUCUCCUGGUUAUAUUGCAACCGAGAUCUCUAGUUUCGUGUCCGAGGACACGAAAGGAAUCUGGAAGGAUAAGAUCCCCAUGGGCCGUGAGGGUGAAUCGCACGAGCUGAACGGGGCUUAUCUUUACCUUGCCUCUGACGCCUCCAGCUACACUACUGGGGCGGACAUCGUUGUGGAUGGAGGAUACACUCUACCGUAG